AUGAAACUCACCCUCUGGCUGCAGGCACUGCUUGCUUCUUUUUUGCCAUCUACUCUCGCCCUUCCGUCUUCGACGAUCAACCACAGAGCAGCAGCAUGGCCCGACACUCCGUUCACCGUCUCUGGUCGUGACAUUCUCUCCGCCUCGGGCACCAAGAUCCGCUUCGCAGGUGUCAAUUGGCCAGGUGCAGCAGACACAAUGCUGCCCGAAGGUCUCCAAUACAACUCCAUCGCCAACAUUGUCUCAUUCAUCAAGUCAUUGAACAUGAACGUCGUUCGCUUGACAUAUGCCAUCGAGAUGAUCGAUGACAUCUUCUCCAAUUCACCAAACCAGAGCUUGCAGAAUACUUUGAUCAACGCGUUGGGAGAUACCAAUGGAAGAAAAGUUCUAGCGCAGGUCUUGAAGAACAACCCAGGAUUCACGAAAGAUACGACGAGAUUGCAAGUGUUUGAUGCUGUGGCGGCGGAGUUGGCAAAGCAAAAGAUUUGGGUACAUCUGGACAAUCAUGUUAGUAAGGCUGAGUGGUGUUGUGGAAGUGAUGGAAAUGGAUGGUUCGGAGACCAGUACUUCGAUGUUGCGAAGUGGGAGAGGGGUCUGGGAUACAUGGCCAAUCACGCGAAAUCCUGGAGUGGCUUUACAUCGAUAUCUCUUCGCAAUGAGCUUCGCCAGCCGAGUAGUUCAACUGCUCGACCGUACAACUGGAACUCCUGGAUCGAGAACGUCAUUCCCGCUGCGAAUGGAAUCCACUCGAACAAUUCUGCUCCACUGAUCUUCUUCUCCGGACAGGGCUACGAUACCGACGACACGUACUUCAUCCAACGGCAAACUUGGAACAGCGAGACGUUCAAGCCUGAGUCGUACGCCUUCAAGAACAAGAUCGUCUAUGAGAUCCACAAUUAUCAGAACAGUGCUACCAACUGCAAUCAGAUUCAACCUGGGCUGUAUAACAAUGCUUAUUGUGCGAUGAAUACGGCUGACACAAGUUGUCCAAACCACGGCCCAGUGGUGAUGAGUGAGUUCGGGUUCGAUCAGACUGAUGGGAGCUCGGGAGGUGCAUAUGCCCAGUGCAUCAAAAGUGUUGUGACGAAUCAGCCUGGUGGUCCAGCGGGGUGGAUGAUGUGGACGCUGAGUGGAAGUUAUUACAUUCGAAGUGGCACUCAGGAUUAUGAGGAUUCGUGGGGACUGCUCAACAAAAACUGGUCUGGUUGGAGGAACUCGACCGUCGUCGAUAAUUAUGUCAAGCCUUUUGUGCAGGCAACGCUGGGGUAG